AUGCAGAUACAAGUGAAAGAAAAAUAUGCCAUAGACGGCAGCUUGGGGCAGGGAAACAUGGGCCUUACACGGGCACCUCCCACCUUUUAUGGCACAGCGGCCGCCACGGCAGACACGACCAACUCCAACAGUACUGCGGAAGGCGACCCGGGAGGAGGGGAAGACGACACCCUCAGUCUUCCGGAGAAAGUCUUCCCCUACAUAGAGUUCAACACUCAUCCGCCGCAGUUUGAGGAACGCCCGAGGAACCAGCGAGUGAUGAAUGACCGCGUGGCGUCCUUCACCUGCCGCGCCACCGGGAGCCCCGAGCCCAAGAUCCAGUGGCGCAAGAACAACCGACGCAUCAGCGGCAACGCGCGCCUCAUCGUGCUGCAGGUCCCCGGCGGCUCCAUCCUCAGAAUCGAGCCCGUCAAGUACCAGCGGGACGAGGCCACCUACGAGUGCGUGGUUGAGAAUGCCGCCGGGGACACCAUCAAGGCCUCCGCCAAACUGGAGGUUCUGUCCGAUAGCUCCAACAGUAUGCCCAGCGGCUUCCCCUACUUCCGCACCGAGCCCAAGACCAAGGCGGUGGAGAUCGACCACACUGCGCUGCUGGUGUGUGACGCGCGUGGCAACCCGGAGCCCACGAUCACUUGGUACAAGGACAACAGACCGGUGGACCUCGGCAACUCGCGCUACACCAUACUGCGAUCGGGGAGCCUUCAGAUCAGCACCAGCACGGAGGAGGACGGCGGCAAGUACGAGUGCGUAGCCGAGAACUCUGUGGGCACGGCCUUCAGCAACCUCGUCAGCCUCUACGUCAGGGUGCGCCGCGUCCCGCCCCGCUUCAGCAUGGCACCGGAGGCUGUGUACGAGGUGAUGCCCGGCGCCUCCCUCAGCAUCCCCUGCGUGGCCGUCGGCUCGCCCAUGCCAUACGUGCAGUGGAAGAAGGACAUGACGAUUGAGAUGACGGAGAACCUCAUCACCAAGAACGUCCUCCAGCUCGAGAACAUCCAGGAGUCCGCCAACUACACAUGCCAGGCGCAGUCCACCCUCGGCCUCGUCACCAAGGACGUCGCCGUGAAGGUUCAAGCGCUGCCACGCCCUCCAGACUCCGUGCGGAUCAGCGAUAUCAUGUCCACGUCGGUCCGGAUCACAUGGUCCUACGACGUACACCCCGGCGACGUGUCCUACUACGCGCUGCAGUACAAACCCCGCCACAUCGAACGAGACUACGCCGAGAUCUCUGGCCUCGUCACUAAGUUCUACACGGUUAUAAAUCUGACGCCCUUCACGGAGUACGAGUUCCACGUCCUGGCCAUCAACAAAAUCGGUCGCGGGCCGCCCUCCGAACCGGCCUACGUCACCACGGGAGAGACAGUCCGCGGCGCAAACUCAAAGCCGGGCAGCGCGCCGAGGAACGUCCACGUGCGGCCACUCUCCUCGUCCACGAUGGUGAUUCAGUGGGACGAACCGGAGACUCCAAACGGACAAAUCACGGGUUACAAGCUGUACUACACCACCAACCCGUCCCUGCCAAUACAGUCCUGGAAGAGUCAACCCGUGCAGGACAACAAGCUCACCACCAUCAGUGACCUCACGCCCCACACCAUCUACACCAUCCGCGUCCAGGCGUACACAGGCAUCGGGCCGGGGCCUCUCUCGGACCCCGUCAAAGUGAAGACCCAACAAGGAGUACCAAGUCAACCAACGAACUUGCAUCCCUCCCGAGUGACUGCAACAUCAAUUGAGCUAAGCUGGACCAGGCCAUCACACCAAGGAGAGAACAUCAUCUCUUACGAGCUCUACUGGAACGACACAAAAACAAUGACACAGGACCAGCGUAAUAUACCUGAAGGUGAAAGCUAUACCCUGGAGGGCCUCCAACCCAACACCGUGUACAGCCUGUGGCUUGCUGCUCGCUCACAGAGGGGCGAAGGAGCUGCCACUGCUCCCACAUCAGUUCGCACUGAUCAGGACAAACCAGGGGCCCCUCCUAGUGACAUAAGGGCCACUGCAGAAGAUUCUGAGAGUAUAAGGGUUGAAUGGAAGCCUCCGCCCGUGGAGAAGCAGCACGGAGACAUCACCUAUUACAAGCUCAUGAUCGUCAACAACACACGGCCUGACUCGGAUGCUUCAGUCAUCACAAUUUCAGAUCCUAAUGAGUUUGAGUACCUCAUCACCAGCCUCAAAAAAUGGACAGAAUACAGAGUAUGGAUGUUGGCUGGAACAGUCAUAGGUGAUGGGGUCAAAUCCGAUGCUCUGUUUGUUCGCACUGAUGAAGAUGUGCCCGGUGAGCCCUGCAAUGUUAAGGUGGAGGUGGUGAACAGCACAGCGAUAGAGGUGAGCUGGACGCCUCCAGACGAGAAGGAGCGACACGGCAUCAUCAGAGGAUACCAGAUCCACGUCCAGAACAUGAACAGGGGAAAUGAAAAUCCAAAUGCUGCACAUCUUCCACACACAAUCCACAAUGGAGAGGCUACACGAUACAUUGUUGGCGGCCUCACACCGGACACUAAGUACCAGGUGCAGGUGUCGGCCAUCACCAGGAAAGGAGACGGCACAAGGUCCACACAUGAAAUAGUGGAGAUGCCCGGCGGUGUGCCCAACAAGCCGGCUCUCCUCGUCAAUGGUACUGUUAAUGCAUACACGGGGAAACUGUCAGUAAACGUGGAGUGGUCAUCACCAACUGAAACCUACGGAGAAAUCAAAGGUUAUCGCCUGAAAUAUGGACCAAGGGGAGAACAACUGGAUACCAUUACUCUGGAAGGUCCCUCGAUGUUACAAAAAACACUGAAUGACCUGCAAAGAGGGGUUGAGUAUGAAUUCCAUGUGGCUGGACGCAAUCACAUCAACUUUGGUCAAGAGGCUGUCAAGUACUAUGUCACCCCUGAGGCAGCUCCUUCUGGCCCCCCCACCAACAUCACCUACAGAUACCAAACUCCAGGAACUAUAGUUUUCACCUGGGACUUGCCACAGCCUAAUAAGAGAAAUGGUGUAAUCAUAAUGUAUGAGCUCCAGUUCAGCAAGAAUGUGAUUCUGAAUAAUGAUUUCAAGCAUGACAAGAAUAUUUCUGAUGCUACCAGGAUUGUGUUCACCGGAUUGGAGGAAAAUAUGGAUUAUACAUUUAAGGUGCGAUCUUGGACUUCCAAAGGUGCAGGACCAUACAGUGAAACCUUACACCUGCACACUGAACCGGACCUUGUGCGUGCCCCAAUGAACCUUCAGGGUAUGGCAACAUCUGAGUCUUCAAUAGAAAUAUGGUGGGAGCCAGUGCCCUCCAGGGGGAAGGUUGUUGGAUAUCAGGUUUUUUAUACAAUGUCUCCAGUACCUGACUUGGAUCUGUGGGAUCAAAUAAGAGUUCCUGUGACACAUUCAGCAGAACUACAAAACCUUGAACGUCAUGCUGAAUAUGCCAUUGCGGUGGCUGCUAGAACUGGCUCGGGGCUGGGCCGGUUGUCCACACUUAAAGAAGUUCGUGUGAAACCUGUAGACGUCCCAAUGCAUUUACGAGCUCAUCAUGUUACCACACACUCGGCAAACCUGACCUGGGGCCCGCCAAUUCAACUGAAUCCCCUGCAUUUUAAGAUAACUUACAGUGCAAUAAAGGAGUUUGUCGAUGCUCAAGGUGUCACCCAAGUCCAGAGGAUACCGACAGUUCCUCGUAUUGUCAGUAAUCGCAAGUAUAGUUACAUCAUUGAGGAGCUGCGGCCUUUCACUACUUACACUGUAAAUGUCACUGCUGUGCCUCAAACAAAUGAAUACCGUCCACCAGCAAAAAUUACAGUUACUACCCAAAUGGCUGCUCCCCAGCCUAUGGUGAAGCCAGACUUCUAUGGAGUGAAAGGCAAUCAUGAAAUAGCCAUGAUCCUGCCUCAGGCUUCAGAAGAAUAUGGUCCUAUUGCAUUCUACUACCUCAUUGUUGUGCCAGAGGACAAGCUACAUCCUUUCAAAAAUCCAGACCAGUAUCUCACUGAUGAUCUAAUAGCCAAUAAAGCAGGAAGUAAAGAAGCUCUAGCAGAGGGUCCAUACAUAGCUGCAAAAUUUCUGCAAAGGAACAUCCCAUACUCCUUCUCCCUUGGUAAUGCAGAGAUUUAUGAAGGAUUCAAGAACAGACCUCUGCAGAAAAAGAAGAGGUACAAGAUUUUUGUUAGAGCAGUUGUUGAUGCACCUGGUCAGCACUUGUACACGUCAUCGCCCUUCUCUGAGUACAUCUCUCUGGACAUGCGUCCGGCACCAUUUGGAAAGCUGCCAGAAAGGCCAAACCCAUUCGCUCCAACUAACGAUUCCAAUGACUAUGUUGAAGUGAAUAAGAAUGACAUGGAAAUGUUAAUGAUUGUUGGCCCUGUGAUUGGAGCAGUUUUGCUAGUGGUUGUCUCCCUCUUCUUGUUCCUCUUUGCUUGGAAACGCCGCCGUCAACCUAAAUCACCGGACCAGGCUCAAGUAACAAAACCACUGAUGGCUGAUCUGGGGGGAGGUCAUGGAGGCGGUGGUGUUGGUGGCGGCGGUGGAGGUGGUGUUGGCAUCAUACCGGCUGCCCCUCUAGACCCAGUGGAACUUCGAAGACUCAAUUUCCAGACUCCUGGCAUGAUUUCCCACCCUCCUAUUUCCAUGUCACAGCUGGCAGAACACAUCGAAAGACUAAAGGCCAAUGAUAAUCAGAAGUUUUCACAGGAAUAUGAGUCUAUUGAGCCAGGCCAGCAAUUUACCUGGGAGAAUAGCAACCUGGAGAUCAAUAAACCCAAGAAUCGGUAUGCAAAUGUGAUUGCUUAUGACCAUUCAAGAGUGGUUCUUCAGACUCUGGAAGGAGUUCCAGGCAGUGACUACAUCAAUGCCAACUUCUGUGAUGGAUACAGGAAGCAGAAUGCAUACAUUGCUACUCAGGGUCCUCUGCCUGAGACAUUUGGGGACCUGUGGCGGAUGCUUUGGGAGCAACGGUCCUGCACAAUUGUCAUGAUGACCAAACUCGAAGAGAGAACCAGGAUAAAGUGUGACCAGUACUGGCCUGCUAGAAUGGCUGCCACUGAGACUUACGGGAUAAUGCACGUCACCCUCACAGAUGUACAAGAACUGGCCACGUACACUGUUCGGACCUUCCAGCUUCAAAAGUCGGGCAGUUUGGACCGACGCGAGAUUCGACAGUUCCAAUUCACGGCUUGGCCAGACCACGGCGUGCCUGACCACCCGUCUCCCUUCCUCAUGUUUCUACGGCGUGUGCGGCACAUCAACCCUUCUGAUGCCGGCCCCAUUGUUGUCCACUGCAGUGCUGGUGUUGGUCGAACCGGUGCAUUUAUUGUGAUUGACGCCAUGCUGGAGAGGAUAAAGCAUGAAAGGACUGUUGACAUCUAUGGACAUGUCACUUGUCUUCGAGCACAGAGGAAUUACAUGGUUCAAACUGAAGACCAGUACAUAUUCAUCCAUGAUGCACUGCUGGAGGCCGUCAUGGCUGGCAACUCGGAAGUUCCUGCUCGAAGUCUGCACGGACACAUCCAGAAGCUGAUGGCUGUUGAACCCGGGGAGAAUGUCACUGGCAUGGAGCUUGAAUUCAAGCGUCUGGCAAAUAUCAAGGCUCAGCCAUCAAGAUUCGUUAGUGCCAACCUGCCAGUAAACAAGUUUAAGAACAGAUUGGUAAACAUUUUGCCAUUUGAAGGAAGCAGAGUCUGCCUACAGCCCCUGCGUGGAACUGAAGGGUCCGACUACAUCAACGCCAGCUUCAUUGAUGGCUACAGGUACCGCUACGCAUACAUUGCCACACAGGGUCCACUUCAGGAAACUGUAGAUGACUUCUGGAGAAUGCUGUGGGAGCAUAACUCUACGAUUGUGGUCAUGCUCACAAAACUCAAGGAAAUGGGAAGGGAAAAGUGCUACCAAUACUGGCCAAAUGAACGUUCUCAGCGAUACCAGUUCUAUGUGGUUGAUCCCAUAGCAGAGUAUAACAUGCCUCAGUAUAUUCUCAGGGAAUUUAAGAUAACAGAUGCCAGGGAUGGCCAGUCUCGCACCAUACGACAGUUCCAGUUUAUAGAAUGGCCUGAACAGGGUGUGCCAAAGUCUGGUGAAGGCUUCAUUGAUUUCAUCGGCCAGGUGCACAAAACUAAGGAACAGUUUGGUCAGGACGGUCCUAUAACUGUCCACUGCAGUGCUGGUGUUGGUCGCACUGGAGUCUUUAUCACCCUUAGUCAAGUGUUGGAACGCAUGCAGUAUGAAGGUGUUGUUGACAUGUUCCAGACCGUCCGCAACCUACGCACACAGCGCCCAGCAAUGGUUCAGACAGAGGAGGAAUACAGGUUCUGCUACCUGGCUGCUCUUGAGUAUCUGGACAGCUUUGACCAUUUUGUGGACUGACUAACGAGACCUGCUGGCUCCCGCCCACUGUCUAUAUGGACCUAAUGAGUGCCAUGCUUGCAAGGAUAUUGUUAGGAAAAUGCAAAGCCAAAAGGAAUUUGUUACUGAAAAUUCAAAUGUAUAUUUAUGUCACAGAAGUGCUCAGAGAAAGUGUAUACCAGUUGCAUUCAAUAGUUACUAAUGGCAAGAGAAACUAUGCCGAGAAGUUUAAUCUAACCAUUAAGCUACAUUUUUUUAAAGAAAAGUUUAGAGGAAGUGCAAUGAGUAGAAGAAGGUACAGAGUUUUAAUCAAAAGUAUUUGAAAAAAACUGACUGUACCCUCCAGCAAAAAGAAAGUUGCAAGCUAGAUGAUAAUGAUGAAUAGAUAUUAUUAAGUGAUUACCACCAAGCCACUGAGUGAUACUAUUAGCAAAACCAAGCUGCCUUCCUGUAACUGUAGCAAGUAUAAGUAUUUACCUCUACUGCCACUGGAGAUGGAAACUGCAUUUAGAUUUCUGGGUCUGAUAAUCCCAUGUUAUGCCAUGACAUUGACCAAAAGGUAGCUCUGCUUCCUGAUAAAUUUAGGAGAUGAAGUAACUGAACUGAUGAACUACCUACAUGAAAAGACUGGUAAGAAGUGGAGUGUGUCAGCCUUGCAGUGUCUCCAGAUUACAGGACGUGGUGCUACUGAAGCCGGAAGGUCUCACCAGGGUGGGCUGAGGCACAGCCAAUCAACUCAGUCUGUCAUCAGGUCUGAAAGAAAAGCAUCUACCAUCAUAUUUUGGAAUAAAAGUUUCAUUGAAUAAGUGAUUUCAUUACAUGUCAGUAAACAGUAAGGAACCUGACAUAAUAGAAAAAUGUGCUACAAAACUUCACUUAUUGCAUAAAUGGAACAUCGUAAGUGCUUUCACAAACUGUAGGUUUAAGUCAAGGAUGUCUACACACAAAGUACAUAUAGAAGUAUAUCUGUGUAAAUAGGCAGCAUCUCAUUAACUCUUAAACCUCAAAUUGUGUAACUGGAGAUCUGAAAACAAAAUUAUUACUCCUAGGACACUACCAUUCCAUUCAUGAGUGUUAUUUCAUUCCAUGUGUAUUGCACAGUGAAAAAUGACCCCAUUCAGGAUUUAGAGAGUGGACUGAUCUCUAAGAAUAUUUUUCAUUAUAAAUUGGCCAAGUAAAUUUGUGAAAUGUAGUGCCACUAGUAUGAUGAAUAUUUGUUACGAUAUAUAUCAUUUGAGUACAAUCAUGACAAUUUACAGUAUCUUAAUAUUUUAUUGAAAAGUGUGUGAAUAUAUAUAUAUAUAUAUAUAUAUAUAUAUAUAUAUAUAUAUAUAUAUAUAUAUAUAUAUAUAUAUAUAUAUAUAUAUAUAUAUAUAUAUAUAUAUAUAUAUAUAUUCAAAGUUGGGCAAAGUCUGCUGCAGCAAUACAAAGUCUGAAGGAUCUACAACAAUGUUCAAAUUUACUUGCCAAUUUAUGGUUCCAUUAAAUUGAAAUGUAUCCAAUGGGUUUCCUUAUUUUUAUCACAUUGAAAACUAGAAAAAUGCUAUCAGUGAUUGGUAGCAUUUAUAAUGUGUACAUAAAGUUGAUAUAAUGUAACAAUGCAUGUUGGUGUGUGAGAGAGAACAUGAUGGAAUUUUUUUAAUCAAUUGCAAGAUUAAGUUUUAUAUGAUGACAUUUUGUAAGUAGACAUAAAGCAGCACAUAGCUUGCUGAUGGAAAUGCUUCAUAGUGUUAAUUUAAUUUUAUUCAACUGUAGGAGCUUCGAUGCCUGAAUUGUGUUUAUUACACAGGGCAGAGAGACUUCUGCAGUUCAUUAGUUGAUAAAUUUGAUGUGACUUAAGAGGUGCAUAUCACUUAUGUUAAUGUUUUGUAAAAACCUGCCUACUAUAGAACUGAAAUGCCACAUUCUAAAUAUCUGCUUCAGUUGGAAAACUUGAAACAGUUCACUCGUACCACGUCCUAAAGAAAUCCUAAGCUGGUCAUCAGUGUAAAAACGCACAUAUCAUAUUCUGCCUUGAGAUGCUGUGAUCCGUAUUGAAUAGACCAGUGUGUGUUGGAACAGCAAUGUGAAUGAUGGUGACUAUGAUAUAGAAAACUGAAGAAAUAUACUUAUCACUCAUGCAUACCAAUGCAUUGGGUAUAUGAUUUAUUGACUUUUAAGUAACAUGCUCUUAUGCAUCAGUUAGCAAAAUGAAAAAUAGUAGCAAAUGUAGAAAAUUAAUUAAUUUCAUGUGCAGUAACAAGUAUAUAAUUGCUUCAAUUUUGAAGUAUACUCAGGAAAGACUUCUGUUAGCACUGAAUGGCAUUCUACCAAACUUAAAGUAAAAUCACAUGGUGAUUAUAUGAUGGUGCAUUUAAGAAGAUAUAUAACAUGCUCGUACAUCAUCUGUUGUUUCAUCUACUGUUGAGUCACCUGUUACAACUGGGUUUACACACUUGCAGUAAAGCCUCACUUACACCAUACAGAAACUACAACUGAAACAAAUUAUAAUUCAGAUAAUGCUCAAAACAUUGCAGCUCAUGUGCUCCAGGAUAAUUGCUCAUGAUGUUAAUGGCCUAGAACCCAACUCCAUCAAUAAACAGUGAAGACCAAUACUUAAUAUUGCAGAAGUCAAAUAUUUGUUUCAUACACUUGGAAGUCAGCAAUGCACAUAUCAUGAAAUGUUUCAUUGAAUCCGUUUUCCAUGUUUCUGUCUUUACUUUAGUUUUCUGUUUAGUAUGACUGUGUUCAGUGGUAUAUAGAAUGAUGGAACAUUCAUAUAGUAGGCAGUGCUUGAGACAGGUCUGCAAGGAAGAUACUUGUCGAUGCGUGCAUCAUUAUGUUUAUACUAGUAGCUGGCAAUAUUUUGUAAUUCACACAUGUGAUGUAACAUAUUGGAAGAAUAAACUGGAAUUAAAUUAUGA